GUAAGAAUUUCUUGGGCAAAAAGGGAUUGCAAAGAGAAAAAGUUUGACAACAUGCUGUAGAGAAUUGGAGGAGGGAGAGAACUAGAAAAAGUUUUUUGUUGUUGUCUUUGACCUUUACAUCAAAGGGACCAAUGUGUUUCUUCCCCUCCCAGAACCCUCCCUCAGCAAAUAAUAAAACAAAAGGCUGGGAAAAGGAGGUAGUAAGUAAUUCAGCAAAACUAACUCAUGUAUCAACCAAGUUUGAAAGUGUAUGCCAGAGAGCUUCAGGUGAAAGACUUUAGAGAGGAAUUGGCCUGCAGCUGAGCCUCGGAGGAGCUGAGGAGGCCCAGGGAGGCAGGUGAUGUAGGGCAGGUGAGCUGGAGCUUUGAGUGCAUGGAGAGGAGCACUGGGAAAGUCGUCUGGAACUAGGCUGUGGAAGUCCUCAAGGGAUUGGCGUGUUCUCUUAGUAGCAGGAGCUUUUGAAGGUUUGGGGAAGUGUGACCGCCAUGACAGUGUUUUUCCCUUUGGACACUGCCAGGCUUCGACUUCAGGUUGACGAGAAGCGAAAAUCCAAGACUACACACACAGUGCUGAUGGAGAUCAUUAAAGAGGAAGGCCUCCUGGCACCGUACCGAGGGUGGUUUCCAGUUAUCUCCAGUCUUUGCUGCUCCAAUUUUGUCUAUUUCUAUACUUUUAAUAGCCUCAAAGCUGUCUGGGUCAAAGGGCAACAUUCAACAACAGGAAAGGACUUGGUGGUUGGAUUUGUCGCAGGUGUGGUGAACGUGCUGCUGACCACGCCACUGUGGGUGGUGAACACGCGGCUGAAGCUCCAGGGGGCCAAGUUCAGGAAUGAGGACAUUGUGCCCACCAACUACAAGGGCAUCUUGGAUGCUUUUCGCCAAAUCAUGCGAGACGAAGGGAUCAUGGCUCUGUGGAACGGCACACUCCCCUCCCUCCUGCUGGUCUUCAACCCUGCCAUCCAGUUCAUGUUCUACGAAGGACUCAAGAGGCAGCUCUUGAAGAGACGCCUGCAGCUUACUUCUCUGGACGUGUUUGUCAUUGGGGCCAUUGCCAAGGCCAUCGCCACCACAGUCACCUACCCGAUGCAGACAGUGCAGUCCAUUCUGAGGUUUGGACGCCACCGGCUGAACCCCGAGAACCGAACACUAGGAAGCCUUCGGAACGUUCUUUACCUUCUUCACCAGCGAGUGAGGCGUUUUGGAAUGAUGGGACUUUACAAAGGCCUGGAAGCCAAACUGCUGCAGACGGUGCUCACGGCCGCCCUCAUGUUCCUCGUCUAUGAGAAGCUGACUGCCGCCACCUUCAAGGUCAUGGGCCUGAGGAAUGGGCACAAGCGCUGAGAGGGGGCCCGGGGGGAAGGGCCCAGGGGAAGGUCGAGGGGUCCUCCUCCGUGGUGGAUGAGAAGACCCUUCUCGGACUCCCGGCUCCGGAAGCAGCCGGGGGCACACAGCCUGAGGUUGCCGGACUGCUGCCAACUUUUAUCACGGUUGGUGUAAUUUCUGUGGACCCAGGGUCUCUAAGAAAACUUUAUUAAAGAUCUGCAGAUGUAAACACUCGUCUCUUCCGGGAUUUGGAUGGUUUCUUUAGGGAGCGUCACUGCUGGACCCUAGCCUUCCUUCCUAGUUCCUCCUCCAGCUUAGUGGCUGGGCUCAUUCCAUGGCCUUGUCCCAGUCUCUGCCCCCCUCCCGGUGUGACGGCGGCCUCCAGCCCCUGCCCCUCACCCUCUCAUGGACCCCACGCUCAUUCCUCUCCUGGGCCCGGCUUCCCCCAGCCCCUCCCCCCAGACCUGGGACCCGGUUCCUGAGGGCUCCCAGACGAGGGAGCUCCUUCUGCUGUCGGUGUCAGGAGGCUGCCUCAAGGGCUGGGCCAGGAGCUAGCUUACCCCGGCUCCCACAGCUGACCUGCGUGAGACUGGACCCCAGGACUUCUCGGCUCCAGGGGCAGCUCUGUGAGACGUGAGAGACAUCCCCGAGACAGAGCCUUUACUGCGUGCUUUAUGGGAGGGGGAGCCAUCAGAUGGGGCAUAUUUAUAUGGCACUUUAUGAUUUUCCAAUAAAGUCUUGUCAGACACUUCC